AUGUCUCGGCGGCGCGACAUCCUGUCCGAGGUGGUGCUCUUCGCGCGCCCGGAGCGCCCGAGCUCGACGUCUCGUCGAGUGCUUGCGCGCUGGAAGGAGGAGGUGGAGACGCUCGGGAGGGCAAACCGCACGCUCUUGGCGCUGCGACAACUCUACCGUGGGAGUCUGGACGACAGCCUGCUGGAACUGGCCGACUGCUGGGGCCAGGGGGUGAUGCCCGACAACCUGGACGGGGACUUUUCUCGGCGAGUGCUCGGGGAGGUUCGAGCCGCGAUCCUGCGGCUGCGCCCUGCCGCCUCAGCGGCGGGCAACCAGUCCCGGUCGACCUUCAAGCAAAGACCUGUGAAUGCGAAGUCUGUGUCGCCUCGUGUGGCACAGAAGUUGGAGAGGUUCAAGGAGGAGAUGUUGAAAGAGGAUGGCGAUGCCUGUGUGCAGGCCUGCGAGGUGCGCAACUACGUGGACCCGCACUUCCGAAAGAAGAAGGAGAUGCUCCAGCUGGCGAGGAGGAUGGCUCUGGCUGUGAUGCUCUGCCGGACUGCCGAGAAGGUGGACGAGGUCGGGCUCUUCUGCGCGGUGAAGAAGGCCGAGCUGGCGAAGGAGGAGCCCGAGGUGACCCUGCGGCUGGUGUUCGACCAGAGGCGCUCCAACUCGCGGUGGCGAGCUCCGCCGUGGCGUGCCAUGGGCGGUGUGAGCGCGAUGUCUUUCCUGGACGGGUCGGAGGAGAUGAAGGAGGACGGGGUGACCAUGCGCUUCGGCACGGGCGACCUGCCCGACUUCUACUACACGCUGGAGCUGGGGGAGGAUCUCGCGCCCUACUUCGUGCUGCCUGGCGUCUCUGGGGACGAGCUGGACGCGGUCUUGCCCGAGGCCUCUUUGCUGCCUGGGACUGGGUCCUACGUGGGGGUUAAGGUGGCCCUCAUGGGCUUCUCGUGGGCGUGCUGGAUAGCGCAGACCACCAUGGAGGACAUCUUCAACUCCGGGCCGCAGGCGGGAUUACCAUCGCUGUCGGAGGGGCAGCGGCUCGCCGAAGGAGGUCCAUUGCCCCAUCUCAGCCGAGACCUGCCCGCGGCGCACUACGAGUACAUCGACGACGUCGGGAUCAUCGGGCUAGACUACCCCGCGGUCCCUGGCCAGGAGGAGGUCAUGAAGGUGGAGGAUAUCUGGCUGGGCGCCAAGGAGCUGGCGAUGGCGGCAGGCUUCCAGGUGCACAAGGACGCGUGCUCGACGAAUGCUCGCAUGAUUGGUGGCGAUUUCCAGGGCACUCGGCUGGCGCCGAACCAGGACAAGAUGUGGCUCGCGGUCUUCGGCAUCCAAGAGAUCCUAGCCCGCAAGUGGGAGCUGCCCGACGCGAUCGUGCCGCUGGAGGUGCUGAGGGAGCUGGCGGCGGCAGCGGCGAUCGCGCCCCUGAUCUCGGUCGACCUGGCCACGCCCUGGGACCCCACCGUGAUGAUGUUCGACGCCAGCCUGUGCGGCGGGGCCAUCAUCUCCACCUCGGGCACGGUGGAGGAGCAGCGUCGCGAGGGCGAGGCCUUCAGGCGCGUGGGAGACGACGUGGAGUUGGGGACGCGGGUGCGCGUGCCACCGGUGCACGCCUGCUGGGACGACAUCACCAGGUGGAAGGAGGUGGUGCGCUGGCGGUGGGAGGAGAAGGAGCACAUCAACCUGCUGGAGAUGCGCACAGGAGUCGCUGCGGCGAGGCAUUCGGCGCGAAGUCGGGCGAGCUGGGGAAGACGGCACCUGCGGAUCACGGACUCGAUGGUGUGCCUCGGCGGCUUCAGCAAGGGCAGGUCCGCCAGUCGGCCGAUCCUGAUCUUGUGCAGAAGGAUGGCCGCUCUCGACCUCGGGUGCGGGAUGCGCGAGUACUGGCGCUGGGUGCCCUCCGACCGCAACCGCAGCGACGGCCCGAGCAGGGGUUUCCCCAUCGGCCAGGCCCCGAAGGAGCGGAGGACGGACGAGCAGGUGCUGCCGGAGAAGGUGGCGCGGGAGAUCGAGGCGCUGGCGGACGUGGCAGAGAUGGACCCUUUCCAACCGCUCAGGAUGGGGGUCUCGGUCCCGGUGAAGGUGCUGCGCUUCAUGCACUUGUGCAGUGGGCACACUCGCGAGGGGGACUUAGAGCACUGGCUUUUCCGGAUCGCCGCCUCGAGGGGGCACCUGCUGAUCUGCGCCAACGUGGACAUCGGCUUCGGGGCACAGUUCGACCUGACGGACGAGGUCAACGUCAGGAAGCUGGAGUUGCUGGCCGAGGCGGAGACCGACGGCGGACACUCGGGGCCCUCGUGUGCGACUUGGUCCAGGGUGCGCUUCCAGCCCGGAGGGCCGCCUCCGCUCCGUCUUCGACAUCAGCUGUGGGGCCGGCCAGGCCUUCGAGGAAACGACCUGAAGAAAGUUCGACUCGGGAGCACCCAGCUGCUGAGCAGUCUGAAGGUCUUGAGACCAAUUGGGCGCAAGGGGGGCUCGGUGUCGCUCGAGCACCCAGCCGACCCGGGCUGCGCCCCGUUCCCGUCCAUCUUCAUCACGGAGGAGGUGCUGCAGUGGGAGGCCGAGCUGGACGCAUACAGGGUGACCUUUCAUCAGUGCAUGUGGGGCUGUGCCGCACUCAAGCUGACCACGCUAACUGGUACGGCGGCGGGCAUGGAGCGAUUCAUCAGGACUUGCACCCACGAGAAGCACGUGGCGUACUCGUCGGAGUUCUGCCGGAUGCUGGCGGAGUGCCACGUGGACGCCAUGCUGAAUAUGCAGGAGCGCAGGGAGGCCGAGCUGACCGAGAGGGCCGUGGAGCAGCUGAUAGCAGAGACUCUGGAGCGCAGGCGCCGGGACCAUUCAUCACGCGCGUGCCUCUAUGACCUUGGCUUCCACCCGGUCUUCGCUGAGGCAAUCCUCUUCUGGUCGGUGUUCGUGUUGGGUGGGCCUGGUGAUCUGGGCUGUGACGCCGACCCGGGCGAGGGCGGCACCCGAGGAGAGGCUGCGCCAUCACGCUCAGCACCGCAAGAUGGGCAGCACCCACCGCGGGAACGAGGCGGAGCGUUCGUCAUCAUGGGGGGCUACGCCGAGAAGCAGGACUACGGCUGGAUUGGCACCGCGCUGGGCUGCUACGUGCCGAAUGUGCGGCGCUUCCUGGAAUUCGCCCUGGAGUGGAACCUGCCUAUGAUGAGCCGCGAGGAGAUCGACGACUCGGUCCUCUGCUACCUGGGCCGGCUCGUGGAAGACGAGGAGGUGGGUCCACACCGAGGCGACUUCGUGGUGCAUGGCAUGGCGUACGUGUGGCCAGAGCUGUCUACAGGGCUGCCGAGGUCGAACCGAGCGCUGCGAGCUUGGCAUCGAUUGCACGUGGCCGGAGAAGGCGGACCUCAGCCGCUGGAGUUGUGGGCCGUGUUGGACGAGGCUAUGAGGUUAGCCGGUAACGUGGAGGCGGCCGACGCGGCGGAGCUCGCGCUGGGCGCCUACCUGAGAUCCGCCGAGCUCUUCGCCUUGCGCGCCUCGGACAUCGUCGUCGACACGGACGCGCAGGGCGAGCAGGUGGUGGCGCUGCGGCUCGGAGUCGCCGAGCGGGCCGAGCGCGCGAAGACGGGCGUGAGGCAGGGCGCGCUGGUCGAUCGCAAGCACGUUGCCGAGAUGCUCGUCCGGAGGAAGUCGGUCAAGCAGCCUGCUGACCGAGUGUUCGCCUGCUCGGUUGACGCCUACCGCCGGGCGCUGCGGCGGGCCUGCGAGGACAUCGGAGCGCCGACGUUCCCGCCGCACGCGGCCAGGCACUCGGGCCCCAGUCGCGACGCGGCCGAGGGCUACAGGACGGCGUGGGCCAUUUAG